UCAGGUUCAUUGUGAAGCUGGGACCUCAUUGUUACCAAACAUGAGCGCACAUCAACAUCUCUAAUUGAAGCUUUGCGCAAAAGGAAAGAUUCAAAUCAUCAGAUGAAGUCAGCCCUACAGAAGAAAGAAAACAUUUUUCCAAGGAGCCCGGAACCAAGGAGAGAUGCGCGGAACAAGCAUCGAUCCGCUUUGCCAAGGUGGUGGAAGUGUGAACCAGUUAGGAGGGACGUUUUUCAACGGGAGACCUCUUUCAGAAUCCAAAAGAAUGAGGAUGAUUGAAUUGGCCUCGGAAGGAGUCCGUCCAAGUGACAUUUCCAGGAUUCUCCAGGUGUCCAGCGGCUGCGUCAGUAAGAUCCUGUGCCGCUACAGGCGCACAGGGCUGAUGAAGCCCAAAUCCUUAGGAGGGAGCCGCCCUCGCCUUCUCACUCCAGCUGUGGUCUCCACUAUCAUCCAGUGCAAAAGGGAAAAUCCAACUAUUUUUGCUUGGGAGAUACGAAGACGGCUUGGAAGAACAUGUAAAGAAGCCAAACUUCCGAGCGUGUCAUCCAUUAAUAGAAUUUUAAGAAAGAUCCACUAUGACCAUGGAAUGAUGUGCAUGGAAGUCAAUGCUCCAUUCAAGGCUGGACAGAAUUUUCUUUCCGUGGUCGAGGAGGUAAAUGAGCAGGUGAUGAGCUCUGAUGACCAGAAAUCUGAAGGUUUUCGGCACAGGAACCGCACCACGUUCACCCCGGAGCAGAGCAGAGCACUCGAGCGAGAAUUCUCCAAAAGCCAGUACGCUGAUUUGUACACAAGAGAAAAACUGUCAGCUGAAAUUAAACUUCCCGAGGACACCAUCAAGGUUUGGUUUUCAAACAGACGGGCUAAAUGGAGGAGAGAGAGCAAAGACAGAAACAGAACAAAGACUACAGACCUGCAGCAGAAAAGAGGAUGUGUUCCUCUAAAUCCAGCCCUCACACACAGCCUCACUUCGCAGGAAACUGGGAUAUUAAGAAUGAAUUAUCAAAACAGCACUUUGGCUUCCAGAGUCCACGGAAAACUACAACAUGGCUACUUCUCUAAAACAGAAGCUGUACCCCAGCAGAUGUUUGACAUGUUGCCACAGACCAUGGGCAGGACUCCGCUGCAUCUCGACAGACACGCCGUGACCCUCCCAGCAGUUCAAGAUAACAUAAACCCAAGGAACACCUUCCAGCUGACCUCUGAGAACAUCAGAGCACUCUGCCCUGUCGCUCAGCAGUGGAACCAGCAGAGUUUGUCCUUUGUGUGGAGCCAGUUUUAAACAUGAGAAGAUGUUCAUCUAUCAGGCUACAUGGUACGGAAGUCAGACUGAAUAUUUAAACAUACCGAUAGUUUAAAACAUUUAGUUUUAGAGAAGCCAAGAACUGCUUUAAGUAAAUUACCUCUUAAACUGUAGAGACAAUUUCUGUCCAGCAGAGGGAGACAAACAACUGAUGUUUCAAUAA